CCCUCGUGACGCCAUCAUCGCGCGCCCCUGGCGGCGGGGCGAGCGGCGGCGGUGGUGGCGGCGAUGGCGGCCGCCUCGGUGUGGAAGGGGCUGGUGGGGCUCGGCCUCUUCGCCCUGGCCCAUGCUGCCUUCUCGGCGGCGCAGCAUCGUUCCUACAUGAGACUGACAGAGAAGGAAGAUGAAACAUUGCCGAUAGAUAUAGUUCUUCAGACACUGUUAGCCUUUGCAGUUACCUGCUAUGGGAUCGUACAUAUCGCAGGAGAAUUUAGAGACAUGGAUGCCACUUCAGAACUAAAAAAUAAGACGUUUGACACAUUAAGGAACCAUCCAUCUUUUUAUGUAUUUAAUCAUCGUGGUAGAGUAUUGUUCCAGUCCCCAGACACAGUGAAUUCUUCUUCAAACCAAGAUGCUUUGUCAUCCAGCUCGUCACUGAAAUUUCGAAAACUUGAACCUCUGCGCCGCUAAGACUUUUACAGAUGAUAAUAAUAAUCCAGGACACUGGGAUGUAAUAUUGAAGUCGGGGAUGUAAACACUUUUUUAAUUUCUGGAGCAGUAUUUAUAUUGAUCUUCCAGACUUUAUAAAGUAUAUAUAUAUAAACUAAGGACCUUCUUUGUACACUGUUAAUGAAAAUGACUGAAUGGUGAAUUGGCAAUGCAGUGUAAAUUAUUCUACAGUUAUGCUGUGAAACACGUCUUCAAAUUUUCAUAUGUUAAACCAAGUUGCAGCUGACUUCAGUUAAAACAAAAAGUAAGCUAGUUUUUACUGCAGUUAAUGUUCUUUGACAAGGGGGAAUGUACGAGUGCUAUUUGUUUUCUCAGUUUGCUUGCACUACAGUUUAUGGAACUCCUUCAGAGAUACUGUGUGCGCUGCAUCACUUAACAGCAGAGAAAGGGGCAGCGUCUCCUGUUCCUAGAAUGCCUAGGAGACCUGCGUGGUGUAGGCACGGGAAGCAAAAAGGUUGCUUUCAUUUGAUGUAUUUCUUUUUACAGUGCUGAAAAAUAAUUGUGUGAAGGUUUUUUUUUCUUUCCUGGAUUUCCAUAAUCACGUUAUUUCCUUGUUGCCCUCCUUCAUUUAAGUGUAGACUGUCCUGUGUUGCCCCAGGUGGCCUGGGAUGUGGCUCUCUGUUCGGUGCCUGCCGCAGGAGGCAGCUCACCUCCGAUCACAUAGAUCAUGUACCACGCGCAGUGCGUUUACCCACCGUAUUUGUGUUCUCUUUGGUUGUGAGUAUGGGAAUGUCCAUCAGACGGCUGAAUGCUGUGUUUGUACCGCAGAAUGGCACCGGAUACCAGUUCCCGAGUCGCCUUCUAUGGGAAGUAUUUCAGUAUCAAUGAGAAAUAGCCAUUCGGUUGGUGGUCUGGGGGUGGGCUCCAGCAGCUCUGUUUGCCGGCACUGGUACGGAACAGGUCAUCAACCAGUCUGGGUACAACCGCCCCGUUUUCUGCCAACAGAGCCUUCCAGUUUGAUUUCUUUUUUUCCGAGCUGAGCCCUUCACUGGUUCAACAAUACUGUCUUGAUUUCAUGGGUUAGGACAGGUGAUGCUGUUCUUAACUCUUACUGACGUCUGAGCUCUGAUCUCUCCUUAGGGGCUGGAUCAAUGCCUAAAUUUCUCUUCGUCUGGCUUUUCACCUACCUGAGGCAGCAAAGGGAGGGUGGUUCGAGAUACUGAUGGGGUCAACCAGAAUCUUGCCUAGUCUGAGGGUGUCUUACUGCUGCUGUGGAAACUCAGCCUUUUGUCCUAGCAUCUGUUGUUUUUUUUUUUAACUGUUAACAGUCAAAAGCUUAGCAAAAAUACUGUGUAAACUGAAGCCUCUUUUUCUAGCUCAGCCCGUCCUAUGGAGUGGGUGCCCCAGUGCUAGAGCAAUAUCCAUAGCUGCUGCUCUACAAUCACUCUCGAGCAUCUGGGUUUGGUUAGAAAGGGUUACUCUGCCAGCUGAAAGCCUCUGAGCUGCCGGAUUACAUCCUGAAGCGUCCUGGUGCCCCCCUGCCUGGUGACACAAAUUGACUCCUGCCACAGGCCUCCAAACCAGUGAAGUCUCAGGUCGGCUCUCUUGCUGACAGUGCUUUCCCUGGGGAGGAGGGCUGCUGCGUGGAAGGAAGGGCCAAACACCGGCCAGGUGACCUUGCGAGGCACGGAGGAAAGGCACAAUUGGCAGAGGGAGGGAGAAACGAGGCAGAAGGUCGGUAACCACUGUACCACUGACACUGCAGCUGUGGUUGGCAGUCGGCCAUGUGCAGAGGGUCUCUUAGAGCAGGGCUGCUCACCCUUCGUGUCUAAGAAGCCCCAUUUGUGCUACUGUAAGGUUACAUGGACCUGCCUGAGGCGAAGGUGCUGCCGUGGGACAGGGUGAGCGGAGAACAUAGUCUGCACCUCGGAGCAGGGCCUGCCAGGAACACCCUGUUGGCUGCAUCAGGCCUCUUCCCGUGAGAAGUAGCCUUACUCUUCAGCAGCAAUGGUAUAUCACAAAGCUGUACAAAUUAUUUUUCUUAUUGAUCUCGCAAUGUCCAAUAAAAAUUGAUAU